GAACAGUGUGUGAAUAAGAGGAUAGAUGGAAUAACAUUAAGUGACUGUAGAACGCUUCAUAAAGACGACAACGGCACGUCAACACGAAGACGACCUAAUUCAUGCGAAAUGCAGUGAAUAUCUUCACGAAAUAUCCAGUCUUGGAAAAUGCAACAUAGAUCGUUUCGAAUUGAAGACAUCUUAGGGGAAGAUUCUCCCAAAGAGACGACAAAUAAGAAACAAAAAGAAGAAGUGCAGAUGACAGUUGUUCGAAGGCCAAUUUUAUUGCCAAGAAUUGAGCCUGUGGCUUGGAACCAUCGUGUGAAUAAUUGCUGCAACUCUUUUUCGAUCUACGGACACCGUCCUGAACCGAAGGCUUGUUCAUCACCGUGGCAUUAUCAUAAAAAUGUGCACGGAUAUCAAGGUGAGUGAGGGAUGCUAUUGGUUCGUGCCUGUAUUCUAUACUGGCCAUCCUACUUUACCAAAUUUAGUUUUAGAUUUUAAACUUCUUCACCUUUUACACAACAGUUUUGACGAAUCAAUCUGGCAUAAUUUUAUGGAUUAUCGAGAAUCCUUUAGAUUCUGAGGAGUAUUAAACUGUAGAAAUAUCAUUGUGUCACAGCUAGGGCCUAACGAAAGUAAUUAGACGAAAGUAAUAAAGACGUACCUGGAACCUGAUUGGAGAGGGCAUAAAUGAUAUCUUUUGAAAUCUUAACCUGCAAAAUCCAGAAAAUCUGCAACGAUUUUUUGCCUAAGGUUGUAACAAAUUCGCUAUGAAGUGCAGGGGAAACAUGAAUUUGCGCUCGAAUGCCAUUAAAAUCAACUUAAAUAAAUUCCAGUCAUAUUGUUAGAUAUGACAAGAUGUUUGAUGCAAACGUCCCUGUCUUUACGUAAAAGCCCCGAUAAGCUAAUUCACGUUUUGUAUGUAUGAGUUAAAACCAGCAUGGAUAGGUUUAGGUCAUCAGGUAAUCUCUUAUUUACCUCCACGUUUGGCCCCAUUUAGAACAACAACAAAAAAACGUGGCAUAUGUUCCAUCUAUGUAGAUGUUUGGUUCUGGUAAAUUGGUGCAAGUAAAAUGAUCAGUUGAUAACUGCAUUGUUCAUCACUAAUAUACAAAAUUUCUGUUCUCAGUCUCGGUCUUUUAGCGUAAUGUCGGCUGACAAAGGGGCACGUUUUUCUUUGCUCUAACAACUUAACUUCAUUAUGUCUCUUUGGCUUAGAUUAGGUAUUAAGCAGGGUACUUGUCUUGAAAACCACUUGGUUAUUUAGACGAUGUUUCUGUUGACUGAUUGAAAAAAAUACUUUCCUUUCGGAAAAAACAUUCCGAAUUAUUCGAAAAGGAGUCGAACCUUGAACCUUCCGAUCGAUAAUUCUUCGGAUUCCUAAUAACUGAAGUGUGGGAGACUUGAUAAAUAUUACAGACAAUCAAAAAAACAAUACAGAUAGCCACAAGGUUUUUAUACCGGCCUUAUAACAAGUAGGAAGGAGACAAGCUACAUUUUAGUGUUCGCUUUCUUGGAUAAACUAGCCUAAACAAUCCAUUUUGAGCGAGCGUUCAAAAUCCUUUGCAUUGAAACAUUUUCUCGAUUUGAUAGCAAGAAAAUGGCAUCGUACAAGUGUCCGCUUGUUUCUUGUCGAGGAAUUCUCUAUACUGAUGUGAACCCCUUACUCCGUAAGAGUGACUAGCUAUGGCAACUAGUAUGUCUUUACAGUUAAAUUUCUGGAUCAAACAUUAAGGUCAUGAGGAUAAAGCCAAUGAUCUCCAACUAAAAAGGGCUUAUGUUUGUUGAACAAAUUCUCCUAAUCAGUACCAUUGGAAAUGUCUAAAUAACGGUGUGGAGAACACGCGUACUGAUCUUAAGAUGCAAGGAUCAAACGAUAAAUCCAAUUCCAAAAGCCUAAUUUAUGUGAUUCCUGCACAAUGUCAUUACAUUGUCAAGGACAAGUUUCUUUGAUUUAAUUCCGGCAUGAAGCUGGAUAUGAGCCUUAUCCUCACUCGAAAAGCUUUCAAAAGCUGUUAAUAAUAUGUUUAUAUCGACCACUAAUAAUUUAACUUGUUUCCAGCCCUCAAGAAUCCCGCGUAUUUAGGCUAAAACGAUCCUCAUCUCGCCUCAAGUUGGUUUUAAGGUAAUUAAGUCACAAAACGCACCGUGUCUUUGGAGACUCGGGCGGUUUGAGUUUUAAGGCUAAACGUUACUUUACACGUUAUCAUAUCUUUCCAUUCAACAGACCCCUCUCAUGAUUUUUUCAACGCAAGAAAUUUCACCAUGAAUGGCAAACAGCGACGACCUCGCACAGCUUUCUCUAGUCACCAGCUCCUCACACUUGAACGCCAUUUCCAAGCUCAGAAAUACUUGACUCGGCCGCAACGAUACGAGCUCGCUACCAGUCUCAUGCUAACUGAGACCCAAGUCAAGAUAUGGUUUCAAAAUCGCAGAAUGAAAUGGAAAAGAUGCAGCAAGAACAUAAAUGGGCGAAAAUCGAUGAAAAAUAACGCAGAAGUUGUCACUAGUAGUUCGAUGACAUAGAAAUCAGGGGAUUGAUUUUUCUUUUAUCACAGCUGAUGAACUAAUGCUGUAAAUAUUUCAUGACAUUAUUUUGCGUCAUAGAAUUGACUGUUGUUGCCAAGAAACAAAAUUAAAUUGCUUAAGGCUAAGGUUACUCUAAAGGAUAUAUUACCAUGAAAUCAUACUGAUAAUACCCCUGCUUAUAACUGAGUCCACCCCAUACCACCCACCCUCAGUUUUCGUUGUGUUAUCGAUAUGGAACAGGGAAAAUUUCUCGCUUCAAUAAUACAAAUCUGUUACUUCCGUUUCAGUUAAAUUACAACAGUUAUUACUUGGUUACUAUGUAAUGAGCUUAAUCAAACCAGGUGAAAAAGUGUAUGCAUUAUGAGCGCAAAC